AUGCACCACUUGGUCGGCUCAGAAGCGAGAGGUCUACCACGCCUCGGCGGGGCCGGGCGGAUCCACCUGGGUGUCCAGCGUCGACGUGGCAGAGGGCUCGACCCGCCGCUUGGACAACCCGGAAGAGCUGGAGCAAGACCAAGACCUGGGGCAGGACCCAACGUUCAGUCCUCCCUCUCGGAGAUUGCAGGCGACGCCGGCCUCGUGGGUGGAAGUGGUCUGGGGCUUGGAGGUGCGGCAACUGGGUCCUUUCGAUCUGUUUCUGCAGACAGAGACGGACUGCCAGUGCUGAGAAGGGAUACUACCUUCGAUCCUGCCGAUCCGUGGGCGCAGCGGUCCAUCAUGGACUUGGCAGAGAACAUGCCCGAGGACCUCAAGAAGAUUCCGACAACUUCCUUUAUCGAGGCCUUCGAGAUUUGGCUGAAGAGCCAAAAUCUAGAGUAUCCUGCCAGGAACUUCCACUCCAGCAUGAACACCUUCUUGGAAUCGGAAGGGCAGGGCUUCAAGACCUUCGUCUUGAGGGAUGCUGCCAACCGGGUGGUUGCCUUGAAGCUUGGCUUCAAGAUCGUUCCUUCCUUCCCUCGAAGGGAGGUUGAAGAUGGUUGGAACACCACACAUUUGGUGUUGGAGGGAAGAGAAUCACCAGUCAAUCGCCGUGACCUUCUCAGAUGGGUUGGCCGCCACGUCGUCUGCGAUGAUGGCUUGGGAUCGAUAUUUGGACUACCACAAUGA